GGGAAAGAUGCUCCGUUGAAUGCGUUAAUCGGAGAUCGACCAUUCCUGAUUCGGCCAAGCAUUGAUCAAGCUGUCAGUGUUAUAAUGGACAAUGUGAAAGUUGGGUCUACUUGCUUGUGCGGCGUGUGGUUUACCACUCUUGAUGUGCUCGCCGAGCACCAAAGCACUUGCGACCACGUCAAAGUCGAGGACUGGGAACGCACUCUCCAGGCCAUAACGUCGCCCGGCUCCGAGUGUUUUCCUUGCUGUCGCCUACUCUCGCUGGACGACGUGCUUUUCAACGGUCAGAUGCUCGUUUAUCGCACUUAUGAGGAAAGUGUCUGCUGCUCUGGCUGUCGCGAUGCAUGGUACCCUUACGAAGGCAAAGCCAUGCUGCAGCGUCAAGACGUGGACAGAUAUCUCUAUCUGAGACGCACAACUAUCCCGCAUCCGCGGCUGAAGCAAUACCGAGCUCAUCUUUUCAAAGAACUACAAGAAUAUCUCCAUCAUCCGAUUCGAGUUCAGAAAUGGCUCGACAGCGGACACGAACUCGAGGGCUACCUGGAGUAAAUGUCGUUGCGCCAGAGUGUCGAGUAUUAUCACACGAGAGAGCUCGAAUAAAUGUAUUUAAACCGUA